AUGUGUUUGGUGAAAAGAGCCCUGAAUGACAUUGGAGAUUAUAUCGGGUCAAACAUCGAAAUAUCCUGGUUGCCCAAUUUGGAUGACUUGAUUAAAGGAUACACCCGGAAUUUUAGGCCAGGAAUUGGAGGGCCUCCUGUUAAUGUGGCUUUGGCUAUCGAGGUGGCUAGCAUUGACCACAUCUCUGAAGCCAACAUGGAAUAUACGAUGACUGUCUUUCUGCAUCAAAGCUGGCGGGACCACCGGCUGUCGUACAACCGGACCAAUGAAACGCUGGGCUUGGAUAGCCGUUUUGUGGACAAAGUCUGGCUGCCGGAUACGUUUAUAGUCAAUGCCAAGUCAGCCUGGUUUCAUGAUGUAACAGUGGAGAAUAAACUUAUAAGGCUGCAGCCUGAUGGAGUCAUUCUUUACAGCAUCAGGGUUACCUCCACGGUGGCCUGUGACAUGGAUCUCACCAAGUAUCCAAUGGAUGAGCAGGAAUGCAUGCUGCACUUGGAGAGUUAUGGUUACUCCUCCGAGGACAUUGUCUACCACUGGUCUGAGAGCCAAGAGCAAAUUCACGGGUUGGAUAAGCUGCAACUUGCUCAGUUCACCAUUAUCAAUUAUCGAUUCACUACUGAACUUAUGAACUUCAAAUCUGCUGGCCGGUUCCCCCGCCUGAGUCUCCAUUUCCACCUGCGAAGGAACCGAGGGGUCUACAUCAUCCAGUCCUACGUCCCUUCAAUCCUCUUGGUGGCCAUGUCAUGGGUCUCUUUCUGGAUCAGCCAGUCAGCUGUACCUGCACGGGUCUCUCUAGGCAUAACCACAGUUCUUACCAUGACGACCCUGAUGGUGAGUGCUCGUUCUUCCCUUCCUAGGGCUUCGGCCAUAAAAGCGUUGGAUGUCUACUUCUGGAUCUGUUAUGUCUUUGUCUUUGCUGCACUGGUGGAAUAUGCCUUUGCCCAUUUCAAUGCUGACUAUAUGAAAAAGCAGAAACACAAGUUGAAGACCAACAGGCAGGCAGAAGAGGUCAAUGUGAAGAGCGCCAUUGUUAUGUUCUCUCUUUCGAUUGCGGGAGUCAACCAGGAGCUGGCCACGUCCAGCAGGCACCGCCGAGGGCCCCCAAACCCGUCUGGCUUGUAUGGCUCAGCUGAAGUAGAAACGGGGGACACCAAGAAAGGAGGGGCCCCAAAGCCCCAAACUGGUCUCAAGUCUCUUUUCAAACCCAUUGAUGCCGAUACCAUUGAUGUCUACGCAAGGGCAGUUUUCCCAGCUGCCUUUGCUGCCGUCAACGUCAUCUAUUGGGUGGCCUACACGAUGUGA